UGUUGCCUCGUGCCCCGGAAGAGGUUCCUGGGGUCGCGAGCGCCGGACGCUUCGCGUACGGAGUGAGACGUAGAGCUGAGCGACCGCAGCCGCGAGCGGAGAUGCCGGUGGCCGUGGGUCCCUACGGGCAGUCCCAGCCAAGCUGCUUCGACCGCGUGAAGAUGGGCUUCGUGAUGGGUUGCGCAGUGGGCAUGGCGGCCGGGGCGCUCUUUGGCACCUUUUCCUGUCUCAGGAUCGGAAUGCGGGGUCGGGAGCUGAUGGGCGGCAUUGGGAAAACCAUGAUGCAGAGUGGUGGCACUUUUGGCACAUUCAUGGCCAUCGGGAUGGGCAUCCGAUGCUAACUAGUGCAGUGGUUGCCCACCACGUCUACCCCCUCCCAUCCAUCCCAGCCCAUGUAGUAUAAUAAAACGGUGUUUGAGUAAUCAGUGUGUGUUAGAAGCAUCAUUUUCUUUUCAUUCUCAGCCUGUUACCUAGCUUGGCCAGACUAAAAAGAGGUGGGCUAAAUGAGUCGGGAGAAUAUUGUCCCAUGAUGUGCUAGGAGAUGAAUCCCUAGGUUGGAAGGCAGUCAAAAUACAGUGGCCACAACAGCAGAUUCGAGCAUACCGAUUGUGAAAAUGGCAUGGGACCAGGCAAUGUUUUGUUCUGUUUACAUGAAGUCACCUUGAGUCCAGAGAACAACACAAACAAAUGGGUAUGGUCAGUGUCUGUUUCACAAACCUGGCUGUUAAACCAAAAUUGGUAAGUUUUUGUGUGUCUGGUACUUUGUAGAUUGUUAGUUGAUGUCAAAUCUAUUGAUUCAUGGUGCCUCCAGGUAUGUUACAGUGUAGAACUGCUGCAUAGCUGUAAUUGUAAUGCCAGGCCUUCUGCAGUAAGUGCUGAGGGGGCUCCAAGUUCCAGUCUUUAGAUGAGUAGUCAAGGGCAAACUAUUAGUGCCACCUAGGGACCUUCUAUAGAUUCUAGUCAAUUAAACCUUUUAAGGUUGGUGCUAAGGAGCUCAGGUGGUGCCAACAGCGUUCAGCUGCUGGCCAAGUUAACCUAAAGGUCUGUGGUUCUAAUCUACCCGGUGCAUAGACAGGAGAAAAGACAUAGCCAUCUGCUCCCAUAAAGAUUACAGCCUAGGAAAUCCUAUGGGCUAGUUCUACUGUCAUACAGGGUCAAUAGGACUUGGCAUACAAAACAAGGUUGGUGCUAUUCAGGCCAUUUUAAAGGUGAAAAACAGUUUCUGAGUAAGUCAACAUUUCCUCAAGGUCACACACUACAAAAUAUGUAACCCCCAUUUUUUCUCCAGUGCUGUUUAUCGUUUUGAGAUUAAGAAUUAUCCAAAAUGCCAACAAAUUCAUAUCACUUUCACAGUUGCUCAACUGGAUAAAUUCUAGAUAAUUUUCUAACAAGCAAAAAGCAUGAACCGUUAACCAUAUAACCUGAAACCACCCCCCACCCACCACCCCCCCGUUCUAUUAAUUGACUUGAUACACAAUAGGCUGUGGCAAAGAGGCAAGUACCUGUCACCUGCUCAGGCUAAACAAGGGCCCAUGGGUGCUUUUGCUCUGACCUGCAUUGCCUCUUAAGCAUGAUCUCAGGAGCUGGCGUAAGGACUUCACUCAGGAUGGCAACUGAGCGUUACACUAUUCAAGUCACUAAAUUCUAACAUUUCCUUUGAACAUAAACCUUUCUUUCUGUGUGGUGGGGAAAUUUUGGCUACCCUUAACAGAUUAAGCAGUUUGUGUUUGUGUAAUACCUACCUACUGAAGUCCAUGUUUACUGGCCCAGUUCCAUGGGAAGAAAUUAAGACAACCUGAUAGGAUUUGGUUCAAUAAAAAAAAAUUUCUUAAAUGUGAGGCUACCAGGAGGUACUUUAGGGAAAAAAUGAAACAUUUACAGAAUACAAGUCUCUGCCAAGACUGCUGCCCAGAGUUGAAAAAUAAAGUUAAUUUGAACCUUGAAGAUUUUCUUCAAAUUAAAGAAUUGAGGCAAUUAAGGGAGGAAUUAUUCACUGAUAAGAGUUUGCAGAAGUUUUGUCCCCAAAGUUGAUUAAAAGUCACAAAUGACACCUAAAUAAACCUCUUUGGUAUCAAAAUCAGUAGUUUAAACAGAAUUAGCAGAUGAGGAACAGUAGUUAAAACAGAAAUAAGCAGGUGAGGAAAUCAGUACUAGAACCAUUAUUCCAUUAGAAGUGGCUACUGAAAGGUUUAACCGAGACACUAAAAGUGAAGCAGAGUUCACCAGAGUAUAAAAGGUGAAGGCUGGCUGUCCAAACGUUGAAGCUUAAAAUCUCCUGUAGUAGAUUAUAGUUUUUUUUUUUUAAUAUGCAGCUAAAUCAAUCUGGGAAAUAGUUUGAACUUUUGUUCAGUUUUUUUUUUUAACGAAGAUGCCCAUAGCACACAGGAGACAAUGCCCAGGUUUAAGGCCUAAAUAAAUGUGUGGUUUUUUUUGUUAAACUCUUCAGUUUUCCUACAUUACCCUAAAUAAGUAACGUGUUAGGCUAUAGCGAUACCCAAAUUCCAGUUCUAAAAGGAAAGUUGAAAGACUGUAGCCUAAAUCUCACUGAAUUACAUGAAAAUCUGAACGAGUUUCUGAAAAAUUGCAAAGUUGAGUGCAUAGGGACAGCUUGAGGUUAAGAGUCUUCCAGACUAGCCUCUCUGUACACUAUUGUUUUCCUGAAGAGGCAAGUACCAAAUGAUUACUGAAAGUCAGAGAAACUAAUAUUCUAUUCUCAAGUUUCUUUGACUUUGAAAACAUUUGAAAAAUGAGAUUUCUUAUGCCUUUUGAAGAGAAUUUUAUUUGAGUGGUUCUUACAAAGAUUGUUGCAAUAUGAAAGUCAUUGUUUUGAUAGAAAUAUCAAGCUGUCUUGUCAAACACACUGAAGUAACCCAAAAAUAUAUUUCAGAGCUCACAGAGCUUAAAAAGAGCAAAGAUUAUAUGCAACCAGACAAAACCUAUUUCUGCAUUUCCUGUUUCCUGCUCGGACUGCUUUGCUCACCAGACUGUCACUGAACAUUUGAGGAAAUGCAGGGAUCAUUUUGUUUGGAGUCUUAGACACACCAGAACACACAGUAUUUACAAAAAAAAAAAAAAAAACUUUUA